UCUCUCUCAAUCCAAGCUCGCUUUAUAUUCGCUCUCUUUAAUCCUUCUCUUCAAGAAUUGAGAUCAACUGAGCAAAAAUUUUUCAAGAUGUUGAAGGAGAAAGAGAGAGAGAAGGAGAAAAAUUUCGUGGUGGGCUUCAUCUGCAACUGGGCCGACAUUAAAUUUCUCUUAAGCUCUCUCCUCAUCAUCUGCGUCCUUGGCACAGCGUUUCAAUUCAUCCCCUACAAAUCUUUCCUCUCUCCAAACGAUCUCCGUUCUUGCCUCUCGAAGCUCUCAGCUCCGAACCCCCCUCAAAAUCUCACGACCCAAGAACUCGCAAAACCCUCGAAACCCAUCGAGUUCCAACAAGAAAACCAAACCUCAGAUCUCAUCACGAAGCGAGUGUUCAACUCGGUGGGGUCGGCCGCUUACCUCUUCAUCCAAAUGGGCGCUUAUCGAGGCGGGCUCAACACUUUCGCGGUGGUGGGCCUCUGCUUCGAGCCCAUCCAGACGUCAGGAUCAGACGAAGCGGUUUCGGAUGGGUACUACCACAACCAGUUCCUGGUGGUGAACGAUUGCUUGCAUAGGUAUCGCUACGAUGCGAAGUGGAUGUUCUUCUUUGAUGUGGAUGAGUUCAUCUACGUGGACCCGAGGACGAGGUUCGACGGCUUCAUGGAUUCGAUGUCGGGGUUCACUCAGUUCACAAUCGAGCAGACGACCAUCUCGAGCAAGCUCUGUCUUGUUGGUGACGCUCCAAGAAUUGGAAGGAUGUGGGGUAUUGAGAAAUUAGUAUACAAAGACAUAAAACGAGGAAUCAGAAGGGAUCGAAAAUACGCCAUCCAACCCCGCAAUGCUUUCUCUGUUGGGGUCCACCUCUCUCAGAACUUCGCCGGCAAAACCACCCACAAAACGGAGGGCAAAAUCAAGUACUUCCACUACCACGGCACAAUAGCCAACCGCAGGGAGCCAUGCGUCGAAUACGUCAACGCGACGAAUUUAGUGUACGAAGGUACACCGUAUUAUCUGGACGAUACUCUUCGAAGACUCGCGGGCUCUGUUAAGAAGUUCGAGCUGAAGAGCAUCGGAAAGCGUUUGACGAGAACAACGCAAUGAGGGA